AUGUUCUUACAAGAGACAUGGGGACAAUAUAAUCCUCCUCCUCCUCCUGAGGAAAAAGAAGCAGCAGCAGCAGCAGCAACAGCAGCAGAAGCAGCAGGUGGUGCUGCAGUAUCUACAGCAGCAGCAGCAGCUGAUGCUGCUUCUUAUAUACCAUUAUCUCCUGUAUCUAGUCCGCAUGCACUGCAUGCACUGCAGCAAACUGCUGCUGCUGCACUAAGAGGAGAAGAAGAAGGAAGAAUAAAUAAUCUAAGGGGAUUUAUUUUAUUAAAUAUAAUUAAUCAUGGAUUAUUAUUAAUGCUUAAAGAAAAAAUUAAUAAAUAUAAACAAGUUGUACAUACACCCCAAGGAGAUAAGAUUGGAUACUUACAAUUACCUGGUGGGCAUGCAGAUUGGACAGAUUUCCCUGCUGCUAGACAACGAUUUAUCCAGCAGCAGCAGCAGCAGCAGCAGCAGCAGGGGGAGAAGGUAGAGGAGAAAGGAGGGGAUUUAGUCUUUUGUGGUCAUACUAUUGAUAUACAACGCAUGCAGCAUGCUGUUGCUGCUGCUAUAGAGGAACGUGUACAGCAGCAGCAUGAGCAGCAGCCACAGCUGCAGCGGGAACAUUUGCUGCAGCAGCAGCUGCUGCUGCAGGAAUGGGCACGUAUAGGUGCUGUAAGAGAGUUAUUGGAGGAGACGGGGAUCGAUUUACGUCACGAUCCCGAUCUCCUCCUCCCUCUCCCUCCUAUCUAUGGUAAACGUGUUGCUGCUUUCUUCUUCCUGCUGCAGCUGCAGCUUCCUGCUGCUGCUAUGAUAACAGAAGGAGGAGGAAGAGGAGAUGAUGAUAAUGUUGCUGCUGCUGCUGUUGCUGCUAAUGAUGAUGAUGUUGAUGCAGCUAAUAAGGAUAAUAAACAUAAAAAAAGUCCUUAUGUUACUCAGGGGCCCCUAGGGGCCCCCUCUACUCACCCUCUUAUGCUGCGUAUAGACCACAGAGAGCAUGCGGGCUUCGUGCUGCAGCCAGACUUAGAGAAAGCAGCAGAAGAUGUUCAAUACCAUUCAGGAGGACGAGCUAGUAGGGCUGUUAUGCAGUUAUUAACACUUAUAAAGAAGGAAAGAUAA